AUGGCUGUUUUAGCGACGAUCCACACCAAUUUCCUCUCCUCCUCGAUCAACCGUCGUAAAUUACCCUAUCGUUUGUCCUUCAGAAGCCCUCGCUAUUCCAUUCCUUCCACUUCCUUGCCUGCUCGACGACACGUAAGCUGUGGUUCGGGGACCGGAGAUGGCGUUGCCAGGCGCUCUGCGAAUUUCCCUCCGAACUUCUUCGACUACAACUUCGUGCAGUGUCUCUCCACUGACUACACAGAGGAGAAAUACAAGGCCCAAGUGAAGAUGUUGAAGGAAGAUGUGAAGGGCAUGUUCGGUGAAGCGAUGGAUCACGUGGCCAAGCUCGAGUUCAUCAAUGCCGUCCAAGGGCUUGGACUGCAGUACCAUUUCGACGCAGAGAUAAAGCAGGCGCUUGAGCUCGUUCAUGGUGGUUCCGAGGAUGCUUGGGCGCUUCUUGACGAUCUCCAUGCCGCGGCUCUCCAGUUUAGGCUCCUUAGACAGCAUGGCUACGUCGUCUCGCAAGAUGUGUUCAAAAGAUUCAUGAACGAAACAGGCGGCUUCAAGGCAUCGCUCCGCGAGGAUACAAAGGGGCUUUUGAGUCUCUACGAAGCUUCUUUCCACGGAUUCGAGGAUGAGGCCAUAAUCGACAAAGCCAAAGCCUUCUCGUACAAGUAUCUUAAGGAGAUUAAUGUUGAAGGCACUGCUGCUAAUUUGUGCGAGAAAGUGUCGCGCGCUCUGGACAUGCCCAUCCACUGGAGGCCGAAUCGACUGGAGGCCCGAUGGUUCAUUAAGAUGUACGAAGAAGAGCCGGACGUGAAUCCGACCUUGCUCCGCCUCGCGAAAUUAGAUUUCAACUAUCUGCAAUCGAUUUAUAAGAAAGAAUUUAGCAAGAUGGCGAGGUGGUGGGUUGAAUUGGGCUUGUACGAGUUGAACGUGUUUAGGGACAGAAUGACCGAGUGUUACAUAUGGAGUGUCAUCAUGGCAUUUGAACCGGAGUUUGGACCAUUCAGGGAGAUGAUGACCAUCGUCAAUUGUUUUAUAACGCUCAUGGAUGACAUCUACGAUGUAUUUGGCACCUUGGAAGAGCUCGAGCUCCUCACAGAUAUCAUCGAUAGGUUUGAGUGUUGUCUCUCCGACCUUGUUGUUGAUUAUUACGUAUCACAAGAACCCCAUGUCGACUAA